AACGAUUUGCUUGAGAUUUGGAAGGGAAAUUUGCAAACGUUAGAUUACUAUAUCUAAUGUUUGCACCCUAGCUGUUACCUCGUGUGUACUAAAUGAUUGCCUAUGGGGAUAUAUCUUAUCUGAUCAGGUGCACGCAGGUUUAAUUUGGUUUCGGUGGCAGCUCUAUCGUGCCAUUGAUAACGAGUUUAUUUGCACCACUUGUGUAGGUAGCCAGUAGUCCAGCAAGGUAACCGCGAACCUGUCGCAUGGUGUUUUCGAAAACUGUCAUUGCCGAGGACAUCCGGUGUUAAGCCUACCUUGUUCCGUUUUACGAAUCUGUAUUGCGCUAUGGAGGAGGCGUGUGUUAGCUACCGUGCUUGCUAGCUAGCUAGCGGGCUGGCUUGCUUGCAGUCGACAGAUAGCUAGAUAUCUAGCUAUAUAACGACAGCAGUCCAGGAAAGUACGGAUUCUGAUUUAAUGUGGUGGCUGGUGGGCUUUCAUUUGUGAAUGUGAUUCGAUUGUCUAAAAGGCACGUGCGUAUUCAGCUAGCUAUCCAUUUGCUUCACUGCCUUGUUAGCCAGCAAGAUAGUAUUGUAAGGCUAAUAAGUUAGCUAAUGAUAGGUGUUUCUUAUUUUUGUUGUUUUCACGUUUGUCAGUUUGCUGAGCGAUAAACCUAUAUUUUAGACGUCAAAUCUGUUUACACAACUUGCUAGGUAGCGAGCUGACUGACUAGAUAGCUUGCUGUCUUGUUUGGAAUACGUAGCUAACUGUCCAGAUAAGUAUGGCGUGCUACUUAUAGUUAGCUAGCUCAAUAAACAAUUUUUGUUCUGACGCUGAAAGGUUGAUACUGGUUUACUGGCGAGCGAGUUAGCUAGACAUGUUUCAGUCCAUCCAACGCCGCCCGAUCUGCGGAAUUGGCGCACAGACUGUUCGGCUUCAGAGCCAGCGCACGGUUAGUAGUGAGGGUGUUGGGAAGGGCAAUGGCACUGUUGAAAACGGAGUGGCUGCAUGGCUGGGUCGACGCAUGGGCGUCUUGCUAUCAUGGGUCUACAAAGCAGGGGUACGCGCAGGUGAAAAGGGGCCCGAGAAGACACGGAAAGGCAUGGUGUCCAUACUUGCAAAUCAGUGUAGUUUUGUGACAGGCCAAAGGUUCCGUCGUGCUUGCCAGAUUGGCGAGCUGUACUCGAACAUAUACUCCGAACGUUCCCGACUGAGCCUCAUGAGCACGUUAUGGCGCCGCUUCCAAAGCAAGCACUCACGCACGGGCAAGCUGGUGGCCGCUCUCGCCGGAGUCUUCAUGUGGGAAGACGAGAAGAUUAAGGACGAAGAGCUGCAGAAGUGCGCUGCCGAGCUGCAGGCCGUGGAAGUGGUGACAGAUCAGCGCAUGUCGCCUGAGGCAGUUGCAAGGCAUGGCGAUGCUGGCUGGGAGGUCGUCAUGGAGAAGAAGAAUUUCUGGGUCUGGAGACGACCCAUCCAGGACAGCCAUCUAUACGAAUACAGAGUAUUGGGAACAUACACCGACAUCACCCCCAGACAGUUCUUCAACGUUCAGCUGGACACUGAAUACAGGAAGAAGUGGGAUGCCCUGGUGAUCAAGCUAGAAGUGGUGGACAGGGAGGUCAACACAGGAUCGGAGGUCGUGCACUGGGCCACAUACUUCCCUUAUCCCUUGUAUUCAAGGGACUAUGUGUACGUGCGACGCUAUGAUGUGGACCUGGAGAAAAAUCUCAUGGUCUUGGUUUCAAGGGCUGUGGAACAUCCCAGUGUCCCCGAAACUCAAGAUUUUGUAAGGGUUCAUUCCUACCAGUCUGAGAUGGUCAUUCGUCCGCACAAGUCCUUUGAUGAGAAUGGCUUUGACUACCUGCUGACCUACAGGGAUGACCCUCAGACUGUUUUUCCUCGAUAUUGUGUCAGCUGGAUGGUGUCCAGCGGAAUGCCAGACUUCCUGGAGAAGCUACAUGCUGCUGCCCUGCGUGCCAAAACCCAGGAGGUGGGGAUGCAAGACUACAUUGGCGUUGUCAAGUCGAGUGACAAGCCCCCCCAGGCCAACCCAGAUCGCCUUGCGGGGGACAAUGCUCGCACAGGUGGCCCUGGACAGAUCUAUGCUUAAAAAAGGCACAGGGAGAGGUGGGGGGGG